AUGAGUGAGGGACGGAUGGAAUCUGAGGAAAGGGAGCGCAGGGAUGAGGAGGUGGGCGACAGAGAUCGAAGCAGAAAGCGAGGGGGUAGCCAUGGCCCUUCAGAGGGUAAUUCCGGCGGCCAGGAAGAAGAGAACCGAGAUAUCUCCCAUGUGAGGAGGCCCAGCGGGAGUUGUGGUCGGGUUGAGGAGAACGUUCAGCAGAGCAACAGGGAGCGCAACGAUGCCAGCGAUGAGUGCAAUGGCGGCGAAAGGAGGUUCGGCAGCCAACGUCGUAGCGGCAGCGGCGCCCGCCCACGGCAGCGAGGAGGAGAUACGGAUACGCUUUACAUCAGCAAUCUGCCUUUGCGCUGCGGAGCGCUGGAACUUCGGCGUAUCUUCGAGGAGGUUGGGGAGGUGAAGGAUUGUAGAAUUGUCAACAAUCCGGUCUCCAGGGAGUCGCGUGGCUUUGCCUUCCUGUCAUUCGUCGAUCCAAGUCACGCAGCAGUGGCAAUAGAGCACUUUGACAACAAGACGAUUUUUGGUGAAGGUUCACGGCCUGUGAGGGUAGAACGGGCAAAGCGCAAUAAGCCGCACAACCCUACACCUGGCUUUUAUAAGGGACCACCUGGAGCCAGCAUAAAGUACGACAAAUCGGGACGGUUGAAGCCGGGUUUCCUGCCUUAUUAUGCGGUAGCACCGGGUGCGUCCCGAGAGUUUGUACCGCCUAGUCCUUUUGGAAUGGACUACGGUUCUGGUACGCGCAGUCAUUCUGGUGGGCGUUGGGAAGACCGUGAUUGGGGUGCCAGAGGAGGCUACGACCCAUCCGGUCGAUAUUACGACAGAAUAGACUAUUCGGCCCACGCACGGCCGCCCACGGACUUCAGAAAUGCAAAUCCAGGGGAAUUUCCCUAUGAUAUGCGCAUGGAGAGGGGAUAUGAUCUGAGGGCAGGACGAGGCGGAUAUGACACUCGUGGGGCGCCACCAUACGAUCGCGGGGCCCCGGUCUACGAUGCUCGCGGAUAUGAUAGGACAGGAUAUGACAGCAAGUGGCAACAAUACGAAGAUCCCAGGGGGGAUGGAAGGUAUGUUGGAUAUUGUGAUUAUUACGGAGGGGCGGGUGGAGCUGGAGCAGCGUAUGAUGUGAACGCCCGUGUGGAUAAUCGUGAAGUAAAAGCCGUGGGACGGGAGCGCUCACGAUCGUACGAGAGGUCGGCGCGAACGUCGUAG